AAAUUAAUGAUCAUGAGCUCGUAUUUGAUGGAGUCUAACUACAUUGAUCCGAAAUUUCCUCCAUGCGAGGAAUAUUCGCAAAAUAGCUACAUCCCAGAGCACAGUCCAGAAUAUUACAGCCGCGGAAGGGACCCUGGCUACCAGCAUCACCACCAGGAGUUAUAUCCUCCGCGGGCGAGCUACCAGGAGCGCCAGUAUAACUGUGCAAGCAUCCCUGAACCUGACACGCCAAGGGGACAUGGACUACCCCAUUCUGCGCACCUGCUCACAGGGAAAGGGCAGCCCGCCUCAUGUGAAACCCCACAGUUAUCUAUGUCCCCAGCCACCCCACCGGCUGCGACCUCCGCCUGCAACCAAGCUACUCCGGAGCAUCCAAACAGCACAGCCUCCUCCAAGCAGCCCGUGGUGUACCCAUGGAUGAAGAAAAUUCACGUCAGCACUGUGAACUCGGGUUACAAUGGAGCGGAACCCAAGCGCUCCAGGACAGCGUACACGCGGCAGCAGGUCUUAGAACUGGAGAAGGAGUUCCACUAUAACCGCUAUUUAACUCGGCGGAGGCGCAUCGAGAUCGCCCACACCCUGGUUCUCUCCGAGCGACAGAUUAAAAUCUGGUUUCAAAACCGCAGGAUGAAAUGGAAAAAGGACCACAGGCUGCCGAACACCAAAGUGAGGUCCUCCUCCUCCUCCUCUUCCUCCUCCUCCUCCACCGGGUCCAACACAGGCGCAGCAGCCGGCGCUGUUGCCGCUGCGUCGGCCACCAACACCGGGGCCACCCCCGACGAACUAGCCGGAGCACAGCAUGGCGAGGAUAUUACCAGGUUAUAAAAGCCCCACGUCAAGACCGCGGGGGGACGGAGGAGAGAGAGAGAGAGAACUGGUUAUUUAUAGAACAAUUAUAUAUUUUGUUUUCGUAGGUACUAUCUUGUGCGGUUUCCUUUAAGUCCACCGUUAUAUAAAAUGCAUGUUAUAUAGCAUGGAUUACUGCGAACACCGAUGCAUUAUUUUUUACCGUGACACAGGGUUUUAAUUUAUUUGAAGCGAAAGUAAAAUGUUUUUUUUAUUGAAAAAAAAUGUUUUGAGUGAAGGAGGAGGAGGAGGAAGAAGAAGAAAAAACAUAAUGUAGAAAUGUACAUUUUAUCGAAAUGUUAUCGUGGGCCAUUGUUUUUGCCCCUGCUGCCCGAGGUGAAAUGCACAAUCUAUUUAUUUCAAGCAACACUGGAAGGAUAUCGUUAUUAUGACAAGUUAUUUUUGGUAAAAAAAAAAAAAGAAGAAGAAAGAAAAAAAGCUGGAACACACCGUUUGGUCUUGAACUUGUAUGUUUAGGAUGAAAACACAAUGUGUGAAUUAUACCUCGUGUACUUCACAGACCAGGAUUUUUUUUGUUUUUUUGUUGUUGUUGUUUGCGGUUCAGUUUCGUGGUGUUGAUGUUGUGUUUAGACCGUUAAAAGCAGAUUAUUGUGAAAUGCAAUAAACGGAGUUUAGUGUACUUGUGAUAAUCAUAUUGGUCAAUAAAAC